CGCCCGGCGCGGGGCGGCCCCGCUGGGUCCCGGCCGCCGUGUGCCAGGCGGGGUGCGGGCGGGGCGGGCCGGAGGCCGCCCGGAGCUGGCGGAGGUGGAGAAAGGGGCGCCCCGCGAGAGCCCGCCGGGGUUUGGACGUGGUGUCAGAAGCUUAUAUGGAUCAGUGGAAUUGGCUCAAGCGUAACAGCGGAUAUCAGCAUUGAGGUUGCUCCCCUGGGAACUGAACGUGGCUUAUUCUGAUUCUGGAUAUUUUUCCCUCAUGCUGCUUGGGAGCCCACAGGGCUGAGUUGGGAUCUGAAUUUUGCACCAGGAAGAGCAGAGCAGCUGAUUGAACAGCUGACUUGAGGCUCUGGAUCCAACUUGCACUGCUGGUGUUUUAUUGUUCCUUGUGGUGUAGCUGGUGAUUGUCCCCAAGAAGAGAGAAGAUGAUGAGUGAUGCAAGUGACAUGCUUGCUGCGGCCUUGGAGCAGAUGGAUGGCAUAAUAGCAGGUUCGAAGGCGCUGGAAUAUUCCAAUGGCAUCUUUGACUGCCAGUCCCCCACUUCCCCUUUCAUGGGGGGCCUGCGGGCGCUGCACCUGGUGGAGGACCUGCGGGGCUUGCUGGAGAUGAUGGAGGCAGAUGAGAAAGAGGGUCUGCGCUGCCAGGUCCCAGACUCAACAGCAGAGGCUCUGAUUGAAUGGCUCCAAAGUCAAAUGACUAAUGGACACAUAUCUGGGAAUGGAGAUGUGUAUCAAGAAAGGCUGGCUCGUCUGGAAAAUGAUAAGGAAUCUCUUGUUCUGCAAGUGAGUGUACUUACGGACCAGGUGGAGGCCCAGGGAGAAAAGAUUCGGGAUCUGGAGUUUUGUCUAGAGGAGCACAGGGAGAAGCUGAAUGCCACAGAGGAGAUGCUGCAGCAGGAACUUUUGAGUAGAACAUCCCUUGAAACUCAGAAGCUGGAUCUUAUGGCAGAGAUUUCCAAUCUGAAGCUAAAGCUUACAUCUGUAGAGAAGGAUAGAUUGGACUAUGAGGACAGAUUCAGAGAUACGGAGGACUUGAUCCAGGAGAUAAAUGAAUUACGAUUAAGAGUAGGAGAAAUGGACAAUGAAAGACUACAGUACGAGAAAAAGCUUAAAACAACCAAAUCUUUAAUGGCCAAACUUUCUAGCAUGAAAAUCAAAGUGGGUCAGAUGCAGUAUGAAAAGCAGCGGAUGGAGCAAAAAUGCCAGAUGCUAAAGGAUGAACUAUCAGCUUUGAAAGAGAAACUGGAGCAGAAGGAAGCUGAGGUAAAAAGGUUGCAAGAAAAAUUGGUAUGCAAGCUGAAAGGAGAAGGAAUUGAAAUACUGGACAGAGAUGAAAAUUGUAAAAAGAAGCUCAAAGAUAAAAAUAUAGAGGUACAGAAAAUGAAGAAGGCGGUAGAAUCUCUUAUGGCAGCAAAUGAAGAAAAGGAUCGAAAGAUAGAAGAGCUUCGACAAUCUCUGAAUAGAUACAAGAAAGUUCAAGACAUGGUGAUAUUGGCUCAAGGUAAAAAAGGCAAGGACAGUGACAGUGAAGACUUCCUGAAUUCAGGAUCUAUCUCCACAGUUUUAUUGGACACACCAAGUCUGACUGACCCAGAAAAAAGUCCAUCCCCAACCCCAGUAACAGCGUCGCCAAUCCACGAUGAAUUUAACACAAAUAUUCAUGAAGAGAAUUCCUUACAGAUUCACAAAAGUAUUCUGCAGAUUUCAAUCCCAUCUUUUUCAUCAACGUCCAAGAGCUCAGAAACUGCUGCAGAGAAAGUGAAAACACAGCCCAGACCAGAUCCUACAAGUGAUUUGAGUGAAGUAAGAUCAACACGUUCCUCUCCAGAAACUCAGCCAUGUGAUAGUCCAGUGACUUCCUCACUGCAAAAGUCCAGCAGUCUGAGCAGUUUGAAGAAAGAGACAUCUGAAACGGAUAGGGAUGCUGCUUCACAAAAGCCAACAGAGCAGGUUAAACCUCGCAUGGAAGGUAAUAAUUUUGCCACUCUCCCUCCAAAAUCUCCUUCUCAUGGCAUCACAGGAGAUGAGGAUAGUUUUGGCACCCGUAAAGCCAGAUCUUCUUUUGGACGGGGCUUUUUCAAGAUAAAAAAUAAUAAGAGGACCGCAAGUGCCCCCAAUCUAGAUCGCAGUCGAAGUGCAAGCGCCCCUACUUUAGCGGAAACAGAAAAAGGAUCUGCAGAUCACCUGGAUCUAGCUGGUUUGCCCCCUCGACCAAAAGAAACAGAUAGCUUGCAGAUGACUCCACCUUCUCCAGAUUCCAGGAAGAAGGCCAGAGGAAUCAAGAAGUUAUUUGGAAGACUUAAAAGAAGUCAGUCUACAACCUUCAACCCAGAUGACAUGUCAGAAACGGAGUUCAAAAGAGGAGGGACAAGAGCAACUGCAGGGCCACGGCUGGGCUGGUCUAGAGACCUGGGGCAGUCUCGCAAUGAGCUGGACAUGCCAUUUGCAAAGUGGACAAAAGAACAAGUUUGCAACUGGCUGCAGGACCAGGGGCUAGGCUCUUAUAUAAGUAACGGCAGACACUGGAUACUAUCUGGGCAAACCCUUCUGCAGGCCUCUCAGCAGGAUCUGGAAAAGGAGCUUGGGAUAAAACACCCAUUGCAUCGGAAGAAGCUUCAGCUUGCUCUGCAGGCUCUUGGGUCUGAAGAGGAGAACAAUCAUGGAAAACUGGAUUACCAUUGGGUUACCAGGUGGCUGGAUGACAUUGGCCUCCCCCAGUAUAAGACCCAGUUUGAUGAAGGAAAAGUGGACGGCCGCAUGCUCCAUUACAUGAGUGUAGAUGACUUGCUGUCCUUGAAGGUUGUCAGUGUCCUCCACCAUCUCAGCAUCAAAAGAGCUAUCCAGGUUCUGAGAAUAAAUAACUUUGAGCCCAACUGUCUGCGCAGGAGGCCAUCAGAUGAGAAUAAUGUCACACCUUCUGAGGUCACCCAGUGGACCAAUCACCGCGUGAUGGAGUGGUUACGCUCUGUUGAUCUGGCAGAGUAUGCACCUAAUCUGAGGGGGAGUGGUGUGCAUGGGGGGCUGAUGGUUUUGGAGCCACGUUUCAAUGUAGAAACCAUGGCCCAGUUGCUGAACAUCCCACCAAACAAAACACUGCUGCGACGGCACCUAGCCACUCAUUUCAACCUCCUCAUUGGGCAGGAGGCCCAGCAGCAGAAACGUGAAGCCAUGGAGUCCCCAGACUACGUCCUCUUAACAGCAACUGCUAAAGUUAAGCCAAAGAAACUUGCCUUCAGCAAUUUUGGGAGCCUGAGAAAGAAAAAGCAAGAUGACGUGGAAGAGUACGUGUGUCCUAUGGAGCUGGGGAGGGCCUCUGGAAGUGCAUCGAAGAAAGGUUUUAAGGCUGGCCUGGAUAUCCGAGUAUAUGAUGAUGAUGAUUUGGACAGGCUGGAGCAGAUGGAAGAUUCAGAAGGGACAGUGAGGCAAAUAGGAGCAUUUUCUGAAGGCAUCAACAACUUGACACACAUGUUAAAAGAGGAUGAAAUGUUUAAAGACUUUGCAACUCGCUCUCCUAGCACCAGUAUAACAGAUGAAGACUCCAAUGUGUGACAGCAACCAACAGGCACUGAUGAAGGCUCACUUCCUGUGUGCAAGAAACGUCAUCACUAGAUGUGAUGGGCAGCAGAUCAUAUACACUAUGCUGCUCUUGCUUCUGUUUGUUAGAAGUAAUACUGGGGGGUGGAAAAUUUAAAGAAGAACUGAAAAAAAAAAAUAAAAAAAGGUGCCUACUUUAAAGUUGCCAUAAGAAACACCCAGACACUGGUGAAUGGAAAUUGUUUUUACUAUAUUUAAUGUACAAACUGGUGAUAUGUUUCAGAGUGUUGCAUUUAAAUUGACAUGGUAUCAUAGUGCUCCUUUUUCUUAUUCAUGUCCUGAGAUGAUCCUUUGUACUAUUACAAAGUAAAGCAAAUUGUUAGAUAGAAAAGCAUUGCACCUGUAGUUGUCAAUCAGCUUUCUCUUAUUGCUGUCUUUUUCAAAGGCCUUUGCCCCACGCAAAUGCUAGUUCUGCCCUUCCUUUGGUAUCCAACAUAGGAUUUUAGCCCUGCAUAAUCUCCCCAGUAGCUCUUUACUGUUGCUUUUAUUUUUAUACUGUUUUAUAAAAAAAAAAAAAUUAAAAAAAAAAAAAAAAGAAGUAUAUGAAGUACAUCUAAAAGCAAAAAUUUAAAUUUUGUGACGUAGAGUAAUGGAAAGUUCAAGGUAAGGGGAAGGGGGAGAGAACUGUAAAAGAUUAUCCCAGUUUGCACACCAGCUGGUUACUGGAAAAGGCAGGCUGACCUUUGGAACUGUUUGCUUUUGUUGCUUUUUACUGAAUUCACAGUUUAAUGAUCUUCCAUUUGGGAUGGAACAGUUGUGAAGCAUGUUUCUUCUAGCAGUGACUCCUUGGGAAGCUGCAAAUUUCAAAAUGUCUUCUUUCUUGUUUCCAGCAGCAGUAGUUUUAUAGCAUUUGAAGUUAGUAACACUUCCGUGACUUAAAAAUGUUCUGGAGAGUUUUUCUUCAAGUUGAGAGUACUCCCUGCACGUGGAAGGGAUGUUUCUGUGCUGUGACUAACGUGAGGAUGGUGUAGUUGCAAACAAAGUUAUAUAGAGAAAUGUAUAGGAAAUAUAUUAUUUCAUUAUAUUAAACCCAAGGUGGAACUUUUCCUUAAAAAAUCCAAAUAUCAAACGUGUUGCUCAUCAUUUUGCCUUCUUAGAGCAUAACUAUUUUUCCUUAAGGUCAUCAGACUUUAAAAACAUUAACUAGCCAGUGGAAGUUUGUUGUCAGGCUUUCUGUAUUGCAAGAUGUCCUAGCCAAAGCAAUGAAAAAGUAACUGUUUAUUACAGCAGUCUUUUAUACAGUGUUGAACAUAGCAUGUAUUUUAGCACAAUAGCAUGAAGCUUCUUUGCCUUGUAAUGGGAAAAAAAAGCCCAGCUGUUCUUUUUGAAUACUGUUUGGCUUUUACAAGAAUGUGUCGCUCGUUUCAUCAUUGCCCGUGCUGGAAGUGAGAUCAUGGCUGACACACUGAUAUGUGGUGUCACGGAUCAUGGAUUUGUGCUGGUCCUGUGGGUAGGAAAGGAAGGAAGGGGAUUCCAUGGACCUUGGAAGGUAGACCAGAGAUGUGUUCUAGCACUCUACUGUUGUAGCCUUAUGGGCUGUAACCAGUCAGGUUGGUUUUUUUGUCAUUGUUGUUUUUAUUUUUUUGAAAGAUGUGCAGUUUGGGCUAAUUUUCUUGUGCAAAGAAGAAAACUGUGAUGUGGAUCAGUUGUGUUAUAUACAAUAUCAAGUGCUGCCAUUCUCUCUUCAGUAGCUGGAGCCAGGCAAGUGAGCCAUACAAUCAUGAAGCAGUUUGUGCCACUUUACAUUUGUGUACAGGCAGAUCACACCUGGUGCUUUAUUCAGAACUUCGGACUGAGGAGCACUCACAAGUAAUUUGCUGCCUGUUGUUUCUUCUGCAGUUCUGGGGGUGGCUGAGCUAUUCCAAAUAGGCAGAACCGCCCCACUCUGCAAUGCCUGCUCGCCACUGUCAGGCACAAAUCCUCAUGGUGUCUGUUCAGGGCUUGCUUUCUGUGAGUACUUUGCAGUGCUUGGCCCAAGAUCCUGCUCUGCCACAUGCAGCAGAAGCACUGGAAGACAUAGUGCAGGCUUCUGAGCAGAAGUAUUCCUUCAGAUUCUCCUGAGCAGACGCUGGCUAGUGGACACAAUGAAUGAAUAUUCACAGUAGAAAAGGGACUAAUGACACUGUGCUAUGUGUUGAAACAGGUACAAGCAAAUGCUCUGAGAUUUUUUUCUCACGCUGGUGCUGUUAACAAGCCUAGCAGCAGCAGCAGACAAUCAUUUCUUAAGUCCACUGUAAGUAAAGUUCUGCUUCAGACACCUUGUUUCUGGGUCUCCUGGGUGGAGAACAGGUUGUCAUUCAGAGCUGCCUAUCAGCUGAACUAUGGCUGUUUUGUGGGGACCUGUUAGGAAAGCAUUGGUAACAGUGGGAGAUUUUUGCGUGCAUGUGCACACAGCUGAUACCGUUGUGGUAUUUUGUGUUUUUGAAGAGGGCAACGUAACUACUGUGUAUUGCCAUGUAAAAUCCAAUAAAAAUCUGUGGAAAAUGCCAA